AUGGAGCAACCAGGCCGGCCUCCAUUUGACGAACUUCCUCUGGACAAGGAAGGCCCACCGGGCAACGCAUGGGGACUCUACGGUUUCGAUGACGAGCUGGGGGCGCUCAACAUGAUAACGCCCGCGACGGUCAAAGCCGCAGCCCAAGAAAUUCAAACCGGCGACCGCGUCUCCCUAGACUGGCUCCUGAACCUGCCUUCGCACCCGUCCUUCGGCCGUCCCCCGUUCGGCUGGCGCAUGGAAAACCGCACGUAUCCCGAUGGCACUAAGCGCACUAUCAACGACGAUCAUCUGGAUAUCAAUACCCAGAGCAGCUCCCAGUGGGACGGCUUCAGACAUUACGGGUACCAGCAGGCCGCGCGCUACUAUGGCGGGAGGACGCAGCAGGACGUUGAAAACUCAGACAUCAUUGGUAUCGAUAAGAUCGCGCAUUCGGGCGGUAUCACGGCGCGCGCUGUCAUUCUGGAUUAUCCGAGGUGGCUGGCUAAGCAGGGCAGGGAUGGAAUCAAUGCGUUGUCGAGUCAUGCGAUUACGGCGAAGGAGUUGAAGGCGAUGCUUAAGGAGGCGGGUGUUGAGGCGAGGGAUGGCGAUUUGUUGCUUGUCAGGACGGGGUUCACGGAGCAGUAUGGGAAGCUGGGUGAAGAGGAGAGGAAGGCGCUGGCGAAUAAGCCGCCGGCGUUUGCGGGCGUGGAGAGCUCAAAGGAGACCGUGAAGUGGAUUUGGGAGAGUGGGUUUGUGGCUGUUGCUGGGGAUGCGCCUUCGUUUGAGAUGUCACCUCUAGUUGGCGACCACAACAAGCCCGGAGGAAUCUGGAAGGGUGAGGAGUGGGAAGGUGACAUGCAGGGUGGCGGUCUUGUGCAUCAGUGGCUGCUCGCUGGAUGGGGCGUCAUGAUCGGCGAGAUGUGGGAUCUGGAGAGACUUUGUGAGAAAGCAGAGGAGUUGGGACGGUGGACCUGCUUCGUUAGUAGUGUCCCACUCAAGGUACCAGGCGGUGUUGCGAGCCCGCCAAAUGCGGUCGCGAUAUUCUAG